AUGGAUGGCACGCCGCGCGCGCCGCGACAGCGCUGCGCCGUCGCCGCUGCCGCCCGGCAGGACGACGAGAGGCACGGCUGGACCAGCCGGUUCCUGCGCUACCCUCCACACCGGCAGCGAUGGUUCUGGGAUAAAUCCAGCGUGCCGUGGCUUCAGGACAAGCGCGUGGCCGACGACGUCGGUGACCUCUGGCGCGUUCACGACGACCUCUACGACCUGAGCGCGUUCGCGGCCCGGCACCCGGGCGGCCGGUUCUGGAUCGACGUGACCCGGGGUCAGGACAUCACCGAGCUGUUCGAGGCGAGCCACUGUCUGAUGACGGGCAGCACCGAGCGCCUGCUGGCGCAGCACCACGUGCGCGCCGCACACCAGCCACGCAACGCGCCCUACACGUUCCUCGAGGACGGCUUCUACCGGACGCUGAAGCGGCGCGCGGCACCUGUGCUGCGUCGCCUGGGCACCGGGCCGGGCCUGGCGACCCGAGUCAUCGCCGACACGUGCGUGGGCGCGUUUCUGGCGGCGUCGGCGGCGUCGGUGCUGCUGCGGUCGCCGCUGCUGGCGCUGGCGGCCGGUGGUGCGCUGAUGCUCGCCAUCGGCACCGGCCACAACUUCCUGCACCAGCGCGACAACUGGCGCAUGUUCUACCUGGACCUGUCGUUCCUGUCUUCGGCAGAGUGGCGCGUCUCGCACGCGCUCAGCCACCACAUGUUUCCCAACACGCUGUACGACCUGGAGGUGACACAGUUGGAGCCGCUGGUGCUGUUCUUCACGCACGCCAAGAGCCGGCUGCGCCGUGGACUCGGCCAUCUCGUACUCUACCACAUCCCCAUCCUGCUCACCUUCUUCGUGGAGGGACUGAAGCGCACGCUGCGCUGGCUGCGCGGCGAGCAGCGGCCGCGGCCCGAAAAUAUUCUGCCGCUGCUGCACCUACUGCUGCUCACGAUGCUGGCCAGUCUGCCGGCCCAGCCGGCCGGCGGCGGCUGGCUGGCGGCCGCGGCGCGCGCGCUGCCGCUCUGGGCGCUCACGCACGCCAGCGCCAGCUACCUCUUCCUGACGGUGGGCUUUGCGGCGGCGCACCACCACCCGAGCAUCUUCCACGACGGUGACGUGCCGCUCGCCUCGCUGGAUUGGGGCCUCCAGCAGCUGGAUGCCGUGGGGGACCGGAAGGCGGUGCGCGGCUCGCUGCCGCUGGUGCUGACGCUGUUUGGCGACCACGGCCUCCAUCACAUGUUCCCCACGGUCGACCACGCCAAGCUGGCGUCGUUGUACGGCGUGUUCGAGGAGGUGUGCGCCGAGUUCGGUGUGCGAUACCGGUACUUCUCGCUGCGGGAGAUGUUCGGUGGUCAGUACCAGCAAAUGGUGCGCUCAGAGCCGCGAUGUUCCGACCUGAUGCCCGCCGCCGGCGCCGGGGGACCGGAGGUCAUCAACAGGGGACUCUGAGAGGGACGGGAGAUUGGAAGCCACCGAAGGGGGACUCUGGGAUGGCCAGGCGUCAUCAGCAGGAGUCGCUAGAGUGCUAGGCUUCAUUAGCAGUAUCCGAAGUUGAAAAUAUAUAUUGAACAUGCCCAUUACAAUACAGAAAGUUUCACCUGCA